UCUGUUGUUUCUAUGGAUUCCUAUUGUUCUCUAUGGGGCACUCCUAGGCCCUAUGGGGUCUCGAUGGGUCUCUAUGGGGUUUCUAUGGGUCCCAAUUGCCUCUGUGGGUCCCUGCGGGUCCCCUUGGUCGCUGACGGCGCUGUCUGUGGGUCGCCGUAGGUCUGGCGGAGGCCCGCGCCUCACAAAACGCCGAGAGACGCGAAUGGCAGCGGCGGAACCACCUGAAAUUGGCGGCCAAGGGGCCGCUCCGGCAGACGUUCGCGCAGAACCCGUUGGCUCCUCCCGCUGCUCCCGCGGCGCCCGCGGCCCCGAAGCGACCAUGGAAGGAAACGUUGGGCUGAGAACGACGAGAAUAAUAAUAAUAAAAAAAUCGCAUCUCGAGAUCCGUAUUUUUUUUUCGUUAAUUCGGGGAUUACGCCCUGCCGGCGGCAAAAUGGCGGCCUCCCGGCAGCCACUUCCGGUUGGGUGGUGGCAAAAUGGCGGCGUCCUGACAGGCACUUCCGGUUGCGGGCAUGUCAGAAUUCUAGCGUCGUAGCUCAACUUCCGGUGUUUCCACCGCGUCUUCCGGUUACUCAGUUCGGCGAAACUGGGAACGCGUGGAGAUGGCGGCCUCCACUUUUGCGGUUAAGUUGGCGACACGGAGGCGGCGACCCGGAUGACUCCUUGUUGCGGCCGCCAUCUUGAAGUGACAUCACUUCCGCCAUAAAUCGGAAAUGCUUCAUUCUGAUUGGUUAGUGCUCUCGCAUUAACGGAACGGAGGCGGCUCGAGUAGUGCGCAUGCGCCUCCCCGCCCAUAGUAUCAUCCCAUUGGCUGCCGUGAGCGGAAGGGGCGUGGCUCCGCGGAAAGCGCGCGGAAACGGCGGUUUUGGGGCGAUUUUGGGAGGAAAAAAGAAAGGGAAAAAAUUUGGGGGUAAAAAGCGUCGAUUUGGGACCGGAAGUGGCGCCAUGGAACCGGAAGUGGCGCUGACGUCUCCACAUUGGCCCCGCCCCCUUUUGGACAAGCUCCGCCUCCACCCUGGCCUCAGCCAAUUGGCUGCGGCGCUGGAGGAGAAAGGACCAAUCGCAGCGCAGAGGCGGGACUUGCGGCAGGCGGAGGCGGGGCUUGCGCGGAGCCGCGCCGCCUGGUUGGCUCAAAAGGCGCUGUGGGCGGGGCUACAGGAGCUGCUGCGGAAGCCCCGCCCCCCCGGGACCAACCAGCCUCUGGCUGCUGUGGAAGAAGCGCUCUCAUUGGCUGAGCUGCGCCGCGCUAUGCCGGGAUUGGCUGAGCUGAUGCCCCACUCCCCGCCCGCACCGGCGCUGCGGCGGCCAUUGCUGGCCCUGCUGGAGGCCCAGCUGGGGCUGAAGGCGGCGGAGCUGCGGCACUACGGCUAUGGGGCCGGCUGUGGGGCCGGCUGUGGGGCCGGCUGUGGGGUGAAUGGGGAGGAGGCCGGGGAGCCGCUGUGGGAGGAGCAGCGCAGGACGAAGAGGCUGAGGGAGAGGAGGUGGGAGCUGACGGUGCUGCUGGACAGGAACUGCAGGGGCUGCGCCAAGGCUGAGCAGCGCUGCCUGUCGCUGCUGCGGGCGCUGAAGGCCCUGCAGGCCCGGCAGGCGGAGCUGGAGCUGCGCAGGGGCCGCUACCUGCAGGCCAAGGGCGCCGCCAUGUUGCUCAAGGCGCGGUUGGAGGAGCUGACGCUGCUGGUGGAGACGUACAGCCCGGAGCAUCUGGAGGCCCACAGCAGGAUCAGGUCCCACCUGCAGGCCGCUCUCACGAACACCCAAUCGGAGCUGGCAGCCCUACGGGAGGCGCUGGGGACCAUGGUGGCCAUCGGACCCCAUUUGGUGGCCACGGCCGAGGAGUACCGACGGCUACAGGACGAAAUCCGGCACCGCCAGUGGGCGCUGCAGCACCUGGGGGACAAUGGGGACAUCAAUGGGGAACAGCAAGGACAGCCAUAGGGCUCCCAGCCCCCCAUCGGCUCCUCCCAUUGGCUCCUCACGCUGGUGGAGGCGUCCCAUUGGCUCCUGCCAUCGGUUGAGCCCGCCCACUCCCCUUCUCUGGCUCCGCCCAUUCUCCCCCCCUGCCCCGUUGGCUCCUCCCGUCGCUUGGGCCCGCCCAUUCUGCUCACUGGCUCCUCCCAUUGGCUCCUCCCAUCGCUUAGACCCGCCCACUUUUCCCAUGGGCUCCUCCCAUUAGUGGGAUCCUGCCCAUUGGCUCCUCCCAUCGUUUAGGCCCGCCCACUUUCCCCAUUGGCUCCUCCCAUUGGUUGGAUUCCGUCCAUUGGCUGCUCCCAUAGCUUCCCCCCACCCACUUUCCCCCUUGGCUCUUCCCAUCAUUUAGGCCCGCCCACUCUCCCUCAUUGGCUCCUCCCAUUGGCUGGUUCCGCCCACUCCAACCAUUGGCCUCUCCCAUUGGUGGGAUCCUUCCUUUGGCUCCUCCCAUAGCUUCCCCCCACUCACUUUCCCCAUUGGCUCCUCCCAUCGUUUGGUCCCGCCCACUUCCUCCCAGUGGCUCCUCCUAUUGGUUGGUUUCCCUGUGGUUUCCAUCCCAAGGACCCGCCCACUUUCCCUCAUUGGCUCCUUCCAUAGGCUGCUUCGGCCCACUCCAACCGUUGGCCCCUCCCACCGUUUUGGCCCACCCACUUUCCCCAUUGGCUCCUCCCAUUGGUGGAAUCCUUCCCAUUGGCUCCUCCAAUCGUUUGGGCCCACCUACUUUCCCCAUUCGCUCCUCCCAUUGGUGGAAUCCCACCUUCGGCUCCUCCCAUAGCUUCCGCCAGCCCACUUUCCCCAUUGGCUCCUCCCAUCGUUUGGUCCCGCCCACUUUCCCCAUUCGCUCCUCCCAUUGGACGCUGCGGGGACAGGAUGAUGAUGGGGGGGGGGGUGAUGAUGGCAGCCUCUGCUGUCGCCAUGAUGGCGGUUGCCAUGGUGACAGUCGCUGCCACAUUUUACCCCCAGCAGUGCCUUUUUUUCUAAGAAAAACCACGAUUAUGCCACCUUUUGGCCCCAAACCCCGCGUUUGAUUUCCAAAUUGUCCCUUUUUCCUCAAUAAAAGCCGACGUCGUGCAGCAAAA